AUGUCAGCCGUCAGCCCGGACCAGGUCCAGACCGGAGAGCCGAACCGAACCGGAGCCGAGCCGCAGCAGCAGGAGGCCGGAAUCCUUCAGCCGCAGACCGUGUUUGUCAUCCUGGACUCGGCUGAAACACUCAAUCUGGUUCGGUGAGUGCGGAAGUUUUUGGAGGAACCGUUAUUUCUGCUGCGAGCAAACCCCCGAACCAAACUCCAUUCAGAAAUCUGCAUAUUUAUCACUUAUUGAACAAAGAGAAUUCAAUCAUAUCGUUAGUGUCUUCUUCUGAACUCGGCUCAUGAAUUGUACAUUAAACGUGCUUCCUUCGACGAAUGUCAUUAUGUAGAAAUACGGAGAUGAGUAUGGAGAUGAAUCGCAUAAUAAAGUGACGGUUUUGUUUUAAACCAAGUAACGAAACUAUUUUCAUCCAUGCCGAACAAAAGUUGGGUUAUUAAGUUGUCAGAAAAAAUGCGUAAUUUGUUCUGACAAGUUGAUAUAGAUGUCAAUUUGAUCAAAAUGUUAUAAUUUUCACAAAAAGUUUGGUGCAAAGGGUUGUCAAAUUGAUAAGAUGAAGAGUAGAAGGUUGGUGCUGAAGAUAACAGUGUCAGAGGCUGAAGAAAGCAGGGCCGAACUGACAUGCGGUCUCUAAAGAUUCACACUUUGCUUUGUCAUGUUUCAGGUGUCAUGUAAAAAAAAGUCACCCCUUAAAAUGAGAACUAAAUAAUUGGAGUCUGGUUGAGACAGCUGAGAUGGUGGUAGCACCAAAGUGCUGAGUGUGGGUGUUAAAUAACGUAGAGAUGAUGAAAAUGACCAUGAUGAUGAUUGUAUAUAUACUAUGACACUUAUGACACUUAGGAGAGCAGGUUGUUGUUAUAACUCUCUGACCUUUGACCCCUGAUCCUCUUUGCCUCCUGGUUCAAUGAGUCAUCCUGCAUUAACGCGCACGCACGCACGCACGCACACACACACACACACACACACAGGCUGGUUCUGUCAUGUACUUUCCCACCAAGAAAACAGAGACAGACAGGCGGAGCAACAGGUCCGGGCGAGUUCAAAUCUCCUCAGUGUUGCCCCCCACCACACCCUGUCAACACACACACACAUAUAUAUACACACAUACACACAUUAGUUAUGUGUGUGGUGAGACAGAAAGCAAAAGUAAAAAAAAUGCAGGAGGCGUCUCUUUGCUUGUCAUCUGUUUGUGAUCAACAAACUGACUGAGGAGGAGAAGCGAAGAUGUCACAGUCAGCGUUCAGAGGAAAUUAAUGUUACCACAGAAAUGUCUGAUUCAUGGGCUUCAAAUCUGAACAACCAUAAAAUAGAAAAAUUGGAUCUUUACAGUCUACAGCAUCACAUCAUCCACUUUUAACACCCCCCACCUCGUCAGUGAGUUUAUUUUGGCCACAUUUCCUGUUUUUACACUUAAUUAACUAUAUGUAAUGAUAUACCAGAGAAUCCAAACAGUCUUAAACACUCAUCCCCAAUUUCCACCGCAUCCUGAACAUCUACAAAAAGGUCGUAUCCUCCGAUCGAAGCUGAUCAUAACCAUUCAAUUUACACCGACUUCUUUCCGUUCCUCUGCGGAUCACCGGACUCCACAGCCGAUUGCAAGAGUUCUGUUUUUUCCUUUACGCUGGAGCAUGCCAGAUAAAUUCAGCACAGAUUAACCCGUGCUGGAAAGGAAGUCGGGCACAGACACAAAAUAAAACAUCCGGCUUCUUUUCAAAAUAAAACACUGUGUUUCAGGCGGAUCGUAUUUCACACCAUGCAAACAGGCGGAGAUGAACAAGUGAAAGGUUUUUAGACGUCAUUUCACCCCGAUGACACCAUGGAUGAGGAGAUGCUGAUUCUAGAAGUAGAUUUCCUCCUCUGGAAGGACACAAUCUACUGCUUAUCUAUGUGGCUGUCUUUAUAGAGACAACUCGUUAUUGCACGAGUGCUCGUGAGUCUGCAGGUUCUUGUGAGUUCUUGCGAUUCCUGUUGUCUGUAAUCCAUCACAAAAUUUGCCUCACAAACGAAUUUGGUAGGAAUUGGCAUACGGCAAAAAUUGCAGCUGUUUCGGAUCUGAGCCGUUUCGGAAAUCCCAGGUCAGGUGUCGGCAGGCAAACAGUCUGUAUGGAGAGCAAAAGCAGGCAGAGCACAAACCACCAUCAGUGGUAAUGUAGUUUUUGACAGUGAAACUGAGUCUCAUGGGGUUCCUACCACAGAAAUAAGCCAGAGUGAAGCCUCUAUGAUACUCGGUCUUAACCAUGAAACUGGCACUGACCAGGUUAUAAUUGCUGGAGUGAGCCAGAGUGAAUCCUCUGUGUAACUUUCUGUUUACAAUUAAACUGAGAUUCACCAGAAAUAGAUGAAUGAGGGUGGAGAUGUGACAGACAGAGGAAUGACGGAGUGGAUUGAGCAGACAAGUCUGGAGAACACACUGACACUGAGUUAAUAACUGACAUGGAAAUGAGAGUCUGAGGACGUCUGUGACUGUCAACAGUACAAGUUGGUCAUAAUCUGUGCAGUUGUAUUAAUGAUGUAAUAAUAAGUCACCGAUGAAUGACUUUGGUCUCACAGGCUGCAGAGGAGCUGAUAGAGAAGAAAAACAUGUCCAUGGCAGAGGUGAAAGAGUAGACCAGGUCUUCAGGUGUUUUUCUCCCCUUCAAUAGUUUCCAGAUGUUCUCGAAAACAGAGACACACCGUGUUCUUAUUUUUAACUGAGACACUUUUUACAGUGUAGACCGUCUGUUCGGCUGCGUCCCAUUUAGAAACCAGCAGCACCUUCAGGCUGCAUUCCAUGUUUGCUAAAGUUUGCAGUUUCCAGAUUUUCAUUAAGGUGAUACUCCAGUACUUUUGAAGUCGGUUUAUACACUCGCAGUAGGAGGUUUUUACUCUGGAGUACUGCAAUUUAAUGUUAGCACAGCACCUUUGUCAGUGACUGCAGGUCUCACCGUGUUUGUUCUGGGGAUUCAAGGACCUGCAGUAGCCCCCAAUUUUCACAGCAUCCGAUGCGAUUUUCGCCAUCCGCCAAUUUGUACAAGAUCUUGCUUGUUUCCUCGUGAGACAUUGAAUGAGAUCCGUCGAUCAGUGUAUCUAAACACCCACAUCCUACAACCCUAACCUCUCCCAUUAUCACGUAUUGACUUUCUUUUAUUUUGAAAAUUAAACGGAUAUUUUACUCUGUAGCCGCAUACAACUUCCGCUGCUGCCCGAGCUGCGCUGCACUAAAUUGAUGUGCUGUGCUGCAGUGUCCGGCAAAAAUAGAAGCCUUGUGUAUCUGAUACAGCUGCUGGAGCCGAUCUGCAGCGGAGAGAUUGUACGGAAUCACACACAUUGAUUAUUGCUUGUGUGUUUGAUCUGCCUGCCGGAGCGGAGCCAUUCCGGAUCCUGUAGGUUUUAGCCGUGACCCGGGAUUUCCACUGCAUCUGGAACAGCUCCGAUCCAAAAUGGUGGCAGUUUUCGUUGUACGCCAAUUCCUACUGGAUCCGUUUGUGAGGCGAAUUUUGUGGAGGGUUACAGACAGCAGGAAUCGCGAGAACUCACAAGAACCCGCGGAUUCACGUUCAAUUGCACGAUAACGAGUUGUCUCUAUAAAGACAGACACAUAGACAUAUAAGCAGUAGAUUGUGUCCUUCCAGAGGAGGAAAUCUACUUCUAGACUUCUAGAAUCAGCAUCUCCUCAUCCAUGGUGACAUCGGGGUAAAAUGACAUUGAAAAACCUUUCACUUGUUCGUCUCCGCCCGUUUGCAUGGUGUGAAAUACGAUCCUCAUGAAACACGGAGUGUUUUAUUUUGAAAAGAAGCCAGAUAUUUUAUCUUGUGUCUGUGCCUGACGUCCUUUCCAGCACGGGUUAAUCUGUGCUGAACUUAUUUGACAUGCUCCGGUGUCCGGAAAAAAUAGAACUCUUGCGGUCAGCAGUGGAGUCCGGCGAUCUGCAGAGGAAAUCUGCAGCUAUGAUUGGCGGAUACAGACUUUUUGUAGCUGUUCUGGAUGCGGUGGAAAUUGGAGGUAACUCAGCGCUGUCUGUAAAAGAUUAUUCUGUACUAAAUUGACUGUGAAGGAAAAUUUGACUUAAUUAGUCAUUACCAAACAUAACAUUUGUGACUGUUUUGAACCUUUUUAUUGGCGGAUGGAUCAGAGGUUACAGAUCAGACUCACCUGAUCGUAUUUCAAUGCUCUGAAAUAUCACAGAAGUUAAACCUCACUGAUAAAAAUCACUUUGAACAACAAACACAAGCUUCACUUUACCUGUUCUGGCAGCUUAAUUCCAAUUUACCCACUACAGAGAUAGGGUACACAGGCUGCAGCGCUCAUGGUCCCAGCAGAGGGCGCUUACGUCACACACCAAACACAUUAACCUAGUGGAGCACCAGCAUGGCUACAUGAUCCCAUACAGUACGAACACAAUUAAAAUCAUGAGAAAACCAGAUAAUAAUGAAGGAAAGUUCAUCAUCAAUCAGAUCCACUGAUUUAAUUUAGUUUCCUAGAAUUUCCCAUGAUCCCCUGCUGCCAUUUGUUCAUGAGCGGCACCCAGAUCUGGGUCUGCAGGUUUUUUUUACAGUGUAGAGGAAGUGUGUUUGGACGCUAGAUUACAGGGACAUGACUCAGCAGAAAACACACACACACACACACACACACACACACACACACACACACACACAGUGAGUAGGAAUGAGGGCAGUUUAACUCGAGUGCUGACAGAUGUUUUUAUUUUAUUUUUUAUUAUUUUUUUAAAUACAAUUAGGUAAGAAAAUGAUUUUUUUCCCUUUUUUCCAUAAACAACAACACAACAAAACAAACAAACAAUGACAAACCGCAGGAAAUAAAAAUAAAUCCCUUUUGCCCACCCACCCCCAACCCAGUCCUACAUAUUUGUUGCAGUACUACCACUCAUCCUUCACGUGUACUAUAAACAAAUAAACACAUACUCAGAGAGAAAGAGAAAAUAAAAUAAAAGGGGAAAAGGAGUCAUACCAAUAGAAGUUGAAUUCCCAGCUUGUCGGGGUGGGGUGGACAUCAAAGAUAGGUGUCAUUUAUCCUGCAGUGUCUUUAAUUUAGCGAUGUAACUAAUCAUGUAGCCCCAAGCCAGGUCAAAUCUUUCAGGGGUCCCCCUCAAAUUGUAUUUAAUUUUUUCCAGGUCCAAGUGCAGCAUCAGGUCCUUAAGCCAGACAGAGGCUUUGGGGGCAAAUGGUGACUUCCAUUCCAAUAAGAUUCUUCUGCGUGCUAGAAGAGAAGCAAAGGCGAUGCUAUCCUUAAACUUUUUCUCGAUUGUUUGACAUUCUGGUAGUAUCCAAAGAUAGCCAAUUCUGCACACGGCAUCAGUUAUGUGUUAAGUGCUUCUGUAAGAUGUUUAAAAACAGCUGUCCAAAAGGCUUGCAGACAGGGACAGGACCAAAACAUGUGGGUCAUGUUUGCUGGCGACAGGUGACAUCUGUUGCAGCUAUCUGUGAUACUGGAGUAAAUCUUAGACAAUUUGGAAUUAGUAAAAUAGAUACGAUGAACAACCUUAAAUUGUAUCAGAUUAAGCCUGGAGCAAGACGAACUGUUAUUGAUCUGGGUCAGGGCUGAAUCCCAGUUGCUGUCAUUAAUAGUCCUGCCAAGCUCCUGUUCCCACUCUGUCCUCAUUUUGUCCAGAGAUGUCUCUCUGAGAUGAGAAAUUAGAGUGUAAAUUUUGGAAAUUAGGCCUUUUUGAUUUGUGGGAAUGUUCGAAAUGGAGUCAAUGACUAAAUAAGGUGGAAUAUUGGAAAAACAGGUGCUGUAUAAUUUAACAAACUAACGGACCUGGAAGUAAUAGUAUUGGUGAGAAUUUUGAAAGGUUACAUUUUUUGCACAGUUCGCUGAAGCUAGGAAAGACAUUAUUAAUGUAGAGGUCACUUACCCUAACAAGGCCUGAGCUCUGCCUAAAAGAAAAUGUAUUAUCAAUUCUGUGAGGGAGAAGACAGAUGAUUUUCUUUUCCAUUCUUCUUCUGUGGUGUUGUUUUCACGCAGAAAAGAUAUGUGUGUGUGUGUGUGUGUGUGUGUGUGAGAGAGAGAGAGAGAGAGAGAGAGAGAGAUCAGGGGCCUGUUCUACGAAGCAAGUUCGACCUAGCGAGGUAGCCUUGGAGCUACCUCGCUCAACUUAGCGCGGUAGCCAGCGGUCUCGCUAAACGGUCUUAUGACGCUGGUUAUCAACCUCGUAAGUUGAUUCAGCUUUGCUAUGAGCGCGUGCACGCAUGUAAGGCGGAGCCCGCCGCAUCUGACCAAUUGUGAACAUGGACCAGUCUGGAGCGUCAGAGCAGGCCAGAGAGCGAAGGACCACAGACUUUACAAACGAGGAGCAGGAGACGAUCAUGAGAAAGAAUGAAGAAUUCAAAUCUAUCAUAAACCUCAAAAGCAACACCGUCGCCGCUGCAAAAGCACGAAGGGAAUGCUGGCAGAAAAUUAAUCUUUGAUGCCAUUAUCACCCUGAAAUAGCACUGUUCAACAUGCGCUUUUAACUAAGGUGACCAGACGUCCCCGAUUUCCAGGGACAGUCGCCGAAUUGGAUGAUCUGUCCCUGGCUAAAGCUGUCCCCGAAAAUGUCCCUGAUUUAAGCGUUUCAUGAAUGAGAACAAAAAAGUUGCAUUGUGGGCAAGAACAACGGUUGUUACAGUAGGUAGGAGGCACAAGUAAGCAGUCCUGAACAACAGUAUUUACGGGGUUAUUAUAAGGGGCGUGUGCUGCUACUAAAUAGUACUGAGAUGUUGUCUGUGAUCACACAGCCCCUGCAGCCCCUGCCCAUUCAUUUCCAAGAUGAAUUCAUUCAUUUGUUAAUUCCUAUCGUGUUUACAUGUUUUGUGUGAUAUGUCGGCCAUAUGAGCCUUUCAUAAAGGUGGUCAUCCGGAGAAGUAAGUGGGUCCGUGCAGUCCCUGUAAACUCUCACGCGCCUGAGUGCUCCUCGGACAAUGCGAGCACCAAGGUCUAUAGGAUCCUCCAAGAACGGACAAGCCAUUUUUCGAGAGAGCUCAUUGGUAAGUGGGCGGGGUUUUUAUACUCCGUGAGUUCAAUCUGGAACCUAACCUGCCCUGGAGUAGGUUAGCCGUUUAGCAUAUGUUGCCAUGGAGACUCGCCUCGCUAAGAAGUGAACCCGUGUCGUAGAACAGGAAACCCCGAACUUACCCUCGAAGUUACCUCGCUAAGCAGUAAUCCUGCUUCGUAGAACAGGCCCCAGAAGCAGCCGUUGUUGUUUUCUUCUCAUCAGUCAAUUUGAUCACAGCACCAUCUGGUGAAUGUUACAGGAACUGCAGCUCUGAGGUUGCUGAUUGGUUAAUUCUCUCUCUCUCUCUCUCUCUCUCUCUCUCUCAGGGUGGAGUCUGGAAUCGUCGCCGACAUCGAGGUCGACAGUUUGUUGCCGUCAGACAGCGACAACUUUUACCAGAUCAAGAGUCAGCCAAUCAGCAUCAGGUAAUACUUACUCCUGGCCUCUGACCCCUGACCCCUGACUCUGGCUGUAUCUGCCCCUUCUGAGUGUCUUGUGGAGGUUCACAGACACACUCAGAUGGUCUCUGAUCCUUAAGUGAAGAUCUGGAACCAUUUGAAGACCUCACUGGAGAUUACAGGCCUGAGCUCUGUGGUCCAAACUGGAACCAUUAACCCUUCAAACUCCCAGCUCUCAGUUUAUGGAGCAAAAAUGAUGUAAAAUGAAUGUAACAGUAGAUUCAGAACCAUCAAAGUUAACCAAAAAACAAAAACGGACAUUGAUCCCAACAGUACUUUGUUCAAAAAACACAUAAAUCUACAGUGACCAAGCCUCUUCUCACCUGCACAUCAUUCUCUCAAGUCUUGGUUAUCAGGAGAAGAAAUAUUGGGGUUGGAACAAACACACAACAGAAACUAUUGACAUGUUUACAUUAAGGCUGCGCGAUAUUGGAAAAAACUAACAUUGCGAUUUUAUCAACCCUGCGAUAUAUAUUGCGAUAUUAAAAAAUAGAGGAAUUUUCACCAGAUGACACAUGGCUAUGAUGUCAUAAACGUGAGCCGACGUGAGUCAGGACGUCACAGGUUUGACCGUUUUCAGCGUCUAAAAGUGGCCUAACUGAGUUCAUCGCAGGCUCUGCGAUGUGACUAUUGCACACACAUACAUCGUAAUGACGAUGCUCAAACGAUAUAUCAUGCAGCCCAAGUUUACAUGAAUUCUUCCAGGUGUGGAAGAGAGGAAGAGGAGAGUGGUUCACCUAUUCCUCUCUCUCUCUCUGUUUGUAGCUCACCAGCAGCAGUUUCUUCUUCCUCAUCUUCAUUGUCCUUGCAGUCAACCAUGUCAUCCAGGUAACAAACAGACACACACACACACACACACACACACACACACACACACACACACAUACACACACACACACACACACACACACACACACAAAACGGUAAAGGGAGAAACUUGAAUGAGAAAUAUCUUCCCUUCAGGGGGCGAUUUGCACUUCAUCUGAAACAUUAAAUAUAACCUCCUCUCUACCUCUUCCUCUCCUCUUCCUCUCUUCUUCCUCUGCCCUUCCUCUCUUCCUCCUCCUCUUCCUCUCUUCCUCUUCCUCUCCUCCUCUUUCUCUUCAUCUCUUUCUCUCUUCCUCUCCUCCUCUUCCUCUUUCUCUUCCUCUCCUCUUCCUUUCUUCCUCUUCCUCCCUUCCUCUCCUCUUCCUCUCUUCCUCCUCCUCCUCUCUUACUUUCUUCCUCUUCCAUUUUUCCUCCUCUCUUUCUCUUCCUCUCUUCCUUUUUCUCUCCCUCUCUUCCUCCCCCUUCUCCUCCUCUCUUUCUCUUCCUCUCUUCUUUUUUCUCUUCCUCUCUUCCUCUUCCUUUCUCCCUCCUUCUCUCCUCCUGCAGGGUUCUGAUGCGUCAGGAUCUGAUGCGUCAGCAGGCUCUGGAGGAGGAGCAGAAGGAGGCGCAGCAGCAGCUCCUCCGUCCGUCUGACUCCUCCUCCCCUAUCUCAGUGUCGGUGUCCACCUCCUGCAGACCUCCUGCUCAGGUCCCCGUGGAGGUGUUGAAGGUAUGAGGAGGAGGAGCAAAUGUUUAUUCAGGUUGAGCUCAGAGAUGUUCCAGUUGUUAAAAAUAUGAAAACAUCCUGGCUUUAGUGAAAAUAAGGGAUCCUACACUUCCCAGGAUGCACCUGGAGCUGGACUGACAAAGAUGUUUUUGUCUCAGGUGCAAACUCACCUGGAGAACCCCACUAGGUAUCACAUCCAGCAGGCUCAGAGGCAGCAGGUGCGUCAGUACCUCAACACCACCGCCAAGACAGCCAAUCGGGAGCCAGUUGGAACACAAGCCCACUCCACCCAGCCAGGUCCCACCCCCAAACUCCAACCUGCGGACAAAAGACAGAAACAGGAGGUAAACGCAUGAAUAAUAAUCACUCAUGUAUGGAAGUAAAUCUGUGCCAUCGGAUUAUGAAUUUGAAUUUCUAAAGCUGAAUUUUUUGCAACAAAAUCAGACUUUGAAUUUCACGCACACAUUUUUAUUUUGGACACUAAUUUUUUUCACAAUGAUGAAAUAAAUUCAGUGUGAAAAAAAAGGGUUUCUCAAAAUAUUUGUUAAGUAAAAAUUCGACUUAAAAAACUGUGUAAAAAAAAUUCAACAUAAAAAAAUUAAGUGUCUAAUUAUUCAGCGUCAAAAAAUUCAUUUAAAAGAGACCAACUCAAUAUUCAGGUAACCAGCAAUUGUAUGGAAGUAAAUCCAUGCCAUCUGAUUUUGAAUUUGAAUUUCUACAGCUGAAUUCUUUUUUUUUUUCAUCAAAAUCAGACUUUGAAUUUCAAACACGCAUUUUUAUUUCUGACACUAAUUUUUUUCACAAUGAUGUAAUAAAUUUAGAAUAAAAAGAAUCUGUCUCUCAAAAUAUUUGUUUAGUGAAAAUUCGACUUAGAAAAAAACUGUGUAAAAAAAAGAUUCCAAUUUAAAAAAAUUCAGUGUAAAACAGACCUGGAUGUUGACUCGGUCUGUUUUACACUAAAUUUUUUGACUCUGAGUUAUUUGACACAAAAAAAAUUUUUAUGUUGAUUUUUUUAAAGUUUAAUUUUUACUACAGGAAUAUUUGGAGAGACCAAUUUUUUUUAAACUGGAUUUAUUCCAUCAUUGUGAAAAAAGAUAAGCGUAAGAAAUAAAAAUUCAACUAAAUAAAAAAAACUGUGUAAAAAAUAAAAUCAAUGUAAAAAAAUUCAGUAUAAAACGGACCUGGAUGUGGAGUCAGUCUUUUUUACCUGGAAUUCUUUUUACACUGAAUUAUUUGACACUAAUGUUUUUCUUUUAUGUUGAAUUUUUUUACAGUUUUUUUUUUUUUUGAGUCAAAUUUUCACUAAACAAAUAUUUUGUGAGACCGAGCAUAAGAAAUAAAAAUGUGUGCUGGAAAUUCAAUGGUUUUGAAAUUUGAAGUCUGAUUUUAAUGCAACAAAAAAUUCAGCUUUAGAAAUUCAAAUUCAAAAUUAGAUCGCACAGAUUGACUUCCAUACUCUUUCAUGAACAUAUCCCUGCCGGCUCGUUCUCGGUGAAACAUUAAAGGAGCAGUUCACAAUUUUCGCUUUGCUCAGCAGCUUCUCAGCUCUUCCUGUCUCACUCACAGUCUGCUGAGUCAGCAGAUCACAGGAUCUGACUCAGCACAAUCUUAUACCUUCAUUAAACCACACACAGAGUCAGGAGAACCUCACACGACAGCACAGAUACAGUUAGAAUCAAAGAGUUACAGAUGAGCCCUGUGCACAAUUUUUUUUUUUUUGUAGGGGCAGGUCCCACCCUCCUUCGCCUCUGAUUGGCUAGAAGUGCUGGGCUCUAAUAGGUUAUUCCUUAUGGCUGUGAAACGUCAUCGUCUGUCAGAUAAGUGUGAUAAUGUUCUGCAAUGGUCUGUUCGAUGUACAGAGCCGACAGCCUGCGCUCGACUUAAGUGUUUGUUUCCAGCUUUUCUAGCCAAUCAGAGGCGAAGGAGGCGGGACUUUCCCCUACCAUCCUCCAAAAAAAAAACAAAACGCGACCUGUACUGCACCCAGUCAACAGUCUGCUCUCUGAUUGGUUCAUUCAGAUGGAGGAGACUGUCAUCGAUGACAUCAUCAGCCUGGAGUCAAGUCUGAAUGACGAGUUUCUGACGCUGAUCGACUCCGGACUGCAGCUCGCCAACACGGUAAACAAAGAGUGUGGAUAUGUUUCCAUCGACUGAUUUCACCCACCAGUUCAUGUAGACAGUUUAUUGAUUUAUUUAUUCUUUUAUCGACUUUUUUGAUUGAUUGGUUUAUUAAUAAGGGGGCUAUUAGGCGUUUGUGACCGUGUCAGAUCAGGCUCAGAAAAAAAAGGAGGCUGAGUCUGAAAGUCUGUGGAGGUGAACCUGCUGCAAAACAGCUUUCACAUAAACACACAGGGAGUCUCCUGGCCUAAAAACUACAUUUCCCAUGAUCCCACAGGAGCCGGGAGUUCAAACAUUACAUAACCACAAAAAUUUAGGUGGUACAGAGCAAUGCUGAGAAAAUGUCUCCGACGGGUUUCCCAGGUUUGAUUUCACUACUGUCCUGUCCUGAAAUAAAAGCUGAAAAAUCCUGAAAAAAAUUAGAGGAUUAAAAAUGGACUUGUCUGAAUUUCAGAAAAAUUACAAUUUUUUUAUCUAAAAUAUUUAACAAACAAAAAAAGCAAAGAAAAAAAGAACAAGUGGAUAUUGAAGAUAAUGUAAAAGUUUUUAAAAUGAUUUUUAAAAAUAUUUUAACAGUUGUUACAACCUGAAAAAAAUUUCAUAAAACACAAUAACACAGGAUGAAAAAUAUGAAAACAAAAAUUUUAUUUUUGUGAGAAAUUCUUUUUCUUGCCAAACCAUUUUAUUUAGUAGACUGAUUCUGCAUUUCCAAAAAAAUGUAUGUAAUGUAAAAUAUUUCAAUAUUGUAUAAAAUGUUUUUCCCACAUUAAAUUUUCGUGUUUCUUAAAAAAUAUAUUAUUUUUUAAGUAGUACUCACCAUGGUUUUUUUUCGUGGUCAUGAAAUGUUUGUGCGUUUGGCCUUCAGGGCCUCCAUACAGUCAGUGUCUUUGACCAACAGACAGCUGACGGUCUGUUUCCUCCUUGUUCAUCAACUCAUUUAAGAAACAAAAGCAGAAGAUCAGAUCCUGCAGCAGCAGGGGGAGGAGCCUUUGUGUGUGUGUGUGUGUGUGUGUGUGUGUGUGUGUGUGUGUGUGAGAGAGAGAGAGAGAGAGAGAGAGAGAGACAGAUAAUGAGGGAGGGUUUUUGUUUCUUAAAGAGAUGUUUCCCCAUUUUUUAACAGUCGUUCAAACAGAAAGAGGAAGAGAAGCUGCUCUGUGUGUGUUACUGUGUGUGUGUGUGUGUGUGUGUGUGUGUGCGCUCGUGUGUGUGUGUGUGCACAUAGAUGUUUAUAUGUGUGUGUGUGUGUGUGUGUGUGACAGGGACCAGAGAAGAUGAGGAUUUUAGUUUUACUGCCGGAUCAUGAGAAGAGGAGGAUUAAAUCAGAGGUAAAGUUUCUGUUGUUGUUCAGGUUAGUUGUGACGGUUUGAGUUGUGACCUUUGACCUCUUACCGAAACCGUCAAGUUUCUGAGGAGGGAAAUAUCAGGAAGUAUCAGAAAAAUCAGAAAUUAGAUUUUUGCUCUGAAGAGGAGGAAGAGAGGUCCGGUCAGUUUGAGGUCGAAAACUUGACGAAGCUGAGCUUUUGUGCUGCUGUUAAAAAGCGUGUGUGUGUGUGUGUGUGUGUGUGUGUGUGUGUGUGUGUGUGUGUGCUGUUAUCCUCAGCUUUCCUUUUCGAUCAGCAGAUUCCUGUGUUUUUCUGCAGAGACCUGAGCUGACUCCGGGUCCGAUCCAAGCUCUGAGCAGCUUGGUCCAGAUGAUGAGCAAACAAGCUUAUCAGAGGUUCUGAUAAAAGGCUCUGAUUUUUUAGGAAGUAUUUCAGACAAAUGCAGCUGAAAAAUCCAGAAAAAUUAAAAAACCAUUAUUACGUUCUCAAAGGAAACUUCAAGCUCCAGUGAGGAAUUUCUUGUCCUGAAAGUUGUUUUCGGACUAAUGUCUUAUCCUGUCGCCACCGUGGAUGUUUCCUGUUGGACAGGUUUACAGAGUAGCAGUUUCGUUUCUCUCUGAGGUCGAUAGAAAAUGGAAAUAACCAGUAAAUGUCGUCAUUAAAAGGACGUAAAGCUGAAAUAAAUCACUUUUAAUAGUUGUGAAAUAUGUUCAGUCUCAGCUCCUCUGCUUUCGUGUUUAUUCUAAGACUAACCUCAGACUGAUGAUAAACUGUGUGUGUCCAGAUAAGACCGGAUAUUCUCAAUCAUACUGAGGGGCUGAAAACCUUGUUAGAGGUGUUACUUUUUACACAGCUCUGUGCUCAUGAAAUGACCUUGAGGUGAAUUUAAUGUUUGUUUGUGCGUGAAGCUGAAUUCAGAUUAGGGAGACACUCUGACCUUUGACCCCUGCUGUAAGUCAGUUGUGAUAAGUCCCUUUCUCUCAUGAACUCCUGACAUUUCCCAGAUAAUCUCAGUCCAGAUAUUUCCAGGAGAAAGAUUUUUUUGUUGGCUGGGAAACGUCAUCGUCUGUCGGUUUAGGGUUAGGAGAUUCAGAAUUGCGAUAGUUCUGACAGCCCGCACUUGGCUUGAGCGUGUGAUGACGUUUCCCAGCCAAUCAGAGGCCCUCACCAUCCCACAAACAAAAGAAAAUUGCACUCCUAGGAGUACGACAGACGAUUGGUGCUUUCCAUUUACCUCAGAGAAAGCAGAGCAGGAUGAGGUGACAGCCAAGUUUGCAGUCGAGUAAACCCUCAUGCUGGGAAAUUUAAGAUGCAUUCAGUGACACUUUGGCUAUUUUGACAGCCAAUCAGAGCUCACGAUGCUCCAGGUAUCCUCUUACUGGUCCGUUUCAAUGCCUGCUACUUAUUCUGCACUCUGAUUUUUGUUCAUUUUAGCUGCCGGUGUCGGGAAACAUGCUGGACGUGUACAGCAGCAGUGGAGGGAUGGCCACUCCCACCAUCACCGUUAGCAACAGUUGCCCCGCAGACCUGCAUGCCGUCAAGAGAGAGCUCAGCGGUGAGUGAGACACAUCAACGAAGAUGAGCAGAGUGUGUUUAUGUGCAACCCUGCCAAAGUAAGAAGGAAAGAAAGGAAAAGGAAGGAUGAGUAAACGGGUGACUGUCAUCAAAACUGUCGCUCCACAUGUCGGAGAAUUUAUUUAGGAACUUCUUUUAGAGUUUCAAUAAAAAAAUGAAGUAUUAACUUAAUUUUUAUCAUCGUCUCCAUCAUGGCUGUGAAAGGGCAGAGAGGCUCAUGUAACACUCUGCAGAGCUGGACUCUGAUCAGGCUUCACUCUGACCCUAAUCAGAGUGAAGCCCCGCCCCCUAAGUGUCCCUAAAAUCUGUUCUGUUUGAUGAGUCAGCGUCACGACUUCCACACACACACGCACACGCACACGCACACUCAGCCUGUCGUUUUCCCCUCAUCAUCAGUUCCCACUUCCUGUUCAGUCAACAUGAAGGUUUGUUCUCCAAAGUAGAGAACACUCUUUCUGCUGAUUCUUGGUUUCAUGAGGAGAAUCAGCUGAAAAAGUUCACACCAAACUGUCUCUGAUCUCUGGACAAACUCCAAAACAAAUCAAAUCAUGAAAAUCUCCUCUAAACUCAAACUGCAGCUGAAAAGUUCUCCGUUUGAAUUUCUGAAAACUUUAAAGAAGGGACUUUUUCUCUCGAAAAGAAACCGAGAAAAGCCCGGUCUCUCUGUCUCAGGGUUCCUCUCCAGGUAGAGGUAAGCUAAAGUGGAUCAUGUCAGUCAAGUGGUGUUUAAAUGCUCUGAUUUGAUCCAGCUUCAUGUUUUUGAAUAUUUAAAGAUGAAGUAGUCAGGAUCUGAGGAAGUUCCAGUUUUUAGGGGAAAUCUUGAAUGUAAGCUCUACCUUUCCCAACCAGUUUUCCCCCUAGCUCCUCCUCUCCCCUCAAGCCCCGCCCACAAACAGACGCUCCUGCUCGCUCGUAUCGUUCCAAUUAAAUUCAGAUAUAAUGCUGAUAAAUACUUCAGAUAAUUACAAAUGGGGCCCAGUCAAGGUGAAAGUCAAAAGCAUUGGUGCUACUGUAGAUGCCAACAGACUACCAGCAAACACAAUGUUUGCAGGACUUCUACAACGAGGAUAAAGUGACAUAGUCCAGGACCCGAGGGAGGACAGUUUAGCGAUGGCGCUACAACACGCUACAGCAGGUCCGUUUGACAAGAAACACUUCUGUUACAGACACUUGUCUUACUUUGUUAAAGCGGUUUACCUGUCCAGCAGAAAGGUUACAGGGUCACCAAGAUCCCCAAGCGUCCCCCAUCGUUUAUGUUGAGCCGGCUUUUUAGCUCUUGUCCGGUCUACCUCCAUUUUAAGCGCCCGUUAUUCCGCCAGAGUCUCCGGUAUUUACUUUGUUUUCUUGCCUGUGUUGGCAGUCGUGGCCAAAGGAGGAUUCAGACAAUUUUCCGAACUUUCUGGUUGGUUUCUCCUGUCUGAUAUUGUAGCACGCUAACUUUGUUUGGGCUCGUGAACGACACGGGGGAGCAGCGUCUGCCUCACAACCAUCAGGUCGGAGAGGUGGAGAACGGCGUUGUUUACAGUCAGAAAGAGCGGGCCGCUCAAAAAUGUUAAAACGCUUUUUUGGAAAUACACCACAAAAAAGAUGCUUCUUUAACAGAAUCCUGCCUACCCCACCUUUAAUCUCACGAGUGUAAUAAUGUGAAAGCUAGUUUUGUCCAGAAGUGACUCUGUGUGUGUGUGUGUGUGUGUGUCUGUGUGUGCGUGCUUUUUUGUAAAUACACCACAAAAAAAAGAUGCUUCUUUAACGGAUUCCUGUCUACCCCACCUUUGAAGAGAUAUUCCGGCGUAAAAUUGAAUUAGGGUCCAACACACCGUACCACCGAGUUAGACACCCCCCUCCAGAGUUGAAUGUUGCCGACCGCUUGCUUCUCUAGUUAUACCAACUUUGGUAACGACUGCAGGAUAGCAAUACACAGCGGUCUGAGGAGCCAUAAACAAACCUCAACCAAAACGCCACUCUAUAAAGUGUAGCAGCGCCAGCGUCAGUACGGGGGGCGUGGUGCGUAACGUGCCAGUGCGGACAUUUUGUCAGACAUAACAACACUAAGCGCAUUGAAAUGAAUGAAAUUAGGAUGACAUUAGGUUUUAAAAACCAACUAUUUAUUCGCUGACUACACAGUAACGGAGAACGGAAUGGAGAGCAAAACUUGGACUCAACAUUCCAUACAGGGACAAGCUGAACAAUGAAGAAAGAGAGUGUUACCAUUGCUGGACUCGACCCAUAUGAACACACUGUAUGGUCAGAAGAUGAUUCGAGAUGUUACCACCACUUAACCGAGUGCAUUUGAUGCUCAGAACAGCACCUAACUUCAUCAACAGUACAUAUAGGGUCCCAGCCGGAGUUGUUCAAAGUUGUUUUAACUCCUAAGAAAACAACCUAAGGAGGGGUGUUUCUCCACUUCUGUAGUCUAUAAACUGAGCCAAGAAACUUCUACUGUAGUUAGAUGAAAAGGUAAAGGUGUUUUUAUUGAGCCAAAUCUUAAUAAAAUUAUGAUUUUGUUAACAGGUAUGAAUAUGUGUGCUUUUGAGUUAGUAUAAGUGAACAAGAGCACAGUCAAGUUAAAUCAGCUAAUUUUCAAGUGAGCUUCUGUUACUGAACUCUGUGCUCUACUCAGCUUAGUACAUAUGGGGUCCCAGCCAUAGUACCGGCUACCAAACAUCUUUUUAACUUUGACUCAUUUCUUUAGUAAAGAGACUAAACACAACUCACCUACUCUCUUCCAGCAGCGGCUUGUUUGUAGCGAGACCUUAGGCCAGUCCAUUAUGGACUACAGUGGGGUGACGCAGCUCAAGGAAGAACAUUUAUGAUCAUUUCUUCAUGGAAAUGCAAUCAGACCAGCAGAAGAACUACUGUGUCUGCAGUGCUAAAGAGUGGCAUUUUGUUGAGUGCGUGGCUCCCUGUAUUGCUAUUCUGCGGUUGUUACUAAAGUUGGAAUAACUAGAGAAGCAAGCGGUCGGCAACAUUCAUCUCUGGAGGGGGGGUCUAACUCGGUGUUACAGUGAGUUUGACUAUAAUUUAAUAUUUCGCCAGAAUAUCCCUUUAAAGGUGCAAAAAGAAAAACCACAAACUUAAUCAUUUUCAUUCAAGUAAAGGUUAAACCCAUAGACUGUAUAUAAGAUGGACACCGUGGUUCCGCCUUCCGCCUGUAUACGGAUUUGAAGCCAAAAAGCUCUCGGUAAUUCCGGGUUUUUCUCCACUUCCUUGAAACCAGAGCUGUGCAGUAGCGUUGUGCGCAUUCGGCUGCGCAGUCGCCGAGAGUCCCUGUGAUGACGCUCGGCUCAAACAGCGUAUUCCCCCGGAAGAGCUAUGCAAUCCCUGAACGCCCAUAGGCUGUACCAGGUGUCAAUCACAGAAAACAUGAACCCCCUAAUAACUUUUAAAAACGGAGCUUCACAGAAAAAAAAAGGACUUGGGCACAAACCAGUCUUACUGUAACUAUACAUCAUGUACAUGUAAGUCAACAUCACAACCAGGGGGGCGAAAAAAUUAUGUUCUGUGUAAUACAUUUUUAAAGUUUGUCCACAGUCCCAUAAGCUUUGCUGGCGGAGGCGGGAUUUAUGACCUGUACUGCAGCCCACCAUCAGAGGGUGCUGUUCUCGGAGUAGCUUCACCCAGCGAGGAGGCAGACUCUGUCCAUCUUAUAUACAGUCUAUGGUUAAACCCCAUAAACAUGUCUACACCCACACACCUGCUCUGGAUACUCUGAGUCUGUCCUAAAGGAGACCUGUUUCUGCUUGGGGUGUUACUUUGUACACAGCUCUGUAAUCAUGAAACAACACUAGCUUAAAAUACUUAAAGCAGAGUGAUGUUCUGACUGAUGAUGACGGUUUCAUGGUUCCUGUUGUGUUUUCAGACGUGGAGGCCAAAGCUUUGAUCAAGGAGAGACAGAAGAAAGACAAUCAUAAUCUCAGUGAGUACGACGUCGUGACGUCAAAUCAGAGUUUUUCUUUUUUUAAACCGAAAUAAGAGAGAACAGGAGCUGAGUGUUUUAUGAUGGGCCUCUCACUCCUCAGUCUUUGGUUUCGACAUGUUUGAUUUCCUGAUGACCAAUCUGCUGACAGAGGAUUUCAGCGUUUCCACAGAGUUUGACUUUUAACUCAAGUCAUGACAAAAUAAAUAUGAAGAAAUAUUGACCAGUGUUGAAUCAUGUCGAAUAAUGUCGAUAAAGUAGAAGUCAUGAAAAUAAAAGUGAUUAAAACAUCUAACAGUCUGAAUGACUCAAAAUCAAGUCUGGGAAGGUACGAAAACUAUAAUACAGUCAAUAUAGAAUGAUAAAUUAUAAUGGAAAAAUAUAUAUAUACAAAAUAUUCAUGUGAAAUUAUUGAUCUAAAAAAUGAAAUUAUUAUAGACUGAAGUAAAAUCAUAGGAAUAGAUUUUUAAAAGUAAUGUGAAAUAAUGUAUAAAAAAGUGUCUACAUUUAAAAUUAUAUCUCAAAUAACGUAAAGUCAUAUAGAAAAGGUGUAAUGUGAAAUUAUGUGAAAUUGUAUAAAAAAUAUAAAGUAAAAUAAAAUAAUGUGAAAUAAUAUAAAAUGAUUUAUAAUAAUAUAAAAUAUUUGUGAAAUAAUGUUAAUUAUUAUGAAAUAAUAUAAAAUAAUAAAAAUAAUGUAAAAAAAUAUAGAAUAAUAUAAAAUUGGUCAAAUAAAGUGUUUUCAUUUAUAAUUAUAUCUCAAAUAAUGUAAAGUCAUAUAAAAAAGUGUCAUUUGAAAUUAUGUGAAAUUGAGUAAUAAUAUAAAAAUGUGAUAUAAUAUAAAAUAAUAUACAAAAUUAUAAAAUCAUAUAAAAUAAUAUUGAUAAUAUAAAAAUUGUAAAAAAAUAAUGUGAAAUAAUAUGAAAUUAUAUACAUUAAUGUGAAAUAAUAUAUAAUAUAAUAAAAUAAUGUGAAAUUAUAUAAAAUAAUAUAAAAUAAUGUGAAAUCACAUAAAAAUAAUAAUAAUAUAACGUAAUAAUGUAAAAUAAUAUAAUCUAAUGUGAAAUAAUGUUAAAUAUUAUUUGAAAUAAUGUUAUUAUAUAUAACAAUAAAUAAUUAUAAGACAAUAUUGUUAAAAUAUAUAAAAUAGCAUGUUAUAAUGUAAAAUAAUGUGAAAUAAUUUAAAUAAUGUAUUAUAAUAUGAAAUCAUAGAAAAUUGUGUAAAAUAAUAUAAAAUCAUGUGAAACUAGAAAAGCACUCGGAGAGCGCAGACCUCCGCCAAGCAACUCAUGUCCCCCCUUAAACAAGAAAUGUCCUGACUGUGAUUCCAACCCUGGACCUUCUGGUUGUGCGGCGACAGGGCUAACCACUACACCACUGUGCCGCCUAUCUACUCCACUGUGCCGCCCAUUGGUUAUCUUUCAGCAUUGAAAAUUCCAACAACACUCUUAUUUUUGUGUGUUCUGAAUCACAGUAUCCAGAAUUUUGUCUGGAUCACCGCCAAAAUUUAAUGGGAUCCUCCUGGGGCUUAGACGUACCUCUGGUGAAAAUUUCAGUUCAUCCGUCUGUUACUUUAUCCGUAAAGUUGCUAACAGACAAACAAACCAACGCUACUGAUUACAUAACCUCCUUGGCGGAGGUAAUUAUGUGAUAUGUAAUAAUAUCAAAUAGUGUGAAAUAUUGUAAAAUAAUAUACAAUGAUGUAAAAUAAUGUGAAUUAAUAUAAAAUAAUGUAAAAAAUAUAUAUUAAUUUAAAAUAAUGUGAAAUAAUAUGAAAUGAUAUAUAUUAAUGUGAAAUAAUGUGAAAUAAUAUGUAAUGAUGGUAAAAAAUGUCUUUUUUGUGAAAUAAUAUAAAAUAAUGUGAAAUUAUAUUUAAUAAUGUGAAAUAAUAUCAAAGUAUAUGUAAUGAUGUUUAAUAAUGUGAGAUUAUAUAAAAUAAUAAGAAAUAAUAUAAAAUAUUAUAUAAUUAUGUAAAAUAAUGUAAAAUAAUAUUAAAUUCUGUGAAAUAAUGAUUUAAUUAUGUGGAUGAUGAUUUUGUCUCCAGUUGAAAGGAGGAGGAGGUUCAACAUCAACGAUAGAAUCAAAGAACUAGGAGAUCUCAUCCCUAAAUCCACCGACCCGUGAGUAUCACUCAGUACACUGUUUACUGCAGUACUUCUACUAUAGUACACAACAGUACACCGUUUACUGCAGUACUUCUACUAUAGUACACAACAGUACACCGUUUACUGUAGUACUUCUACUUCUACUAUAGUACACAACAGUACACCGUUUACUGUAGUACUUCUACUAUAGUACACAACAGUACACUGUUGACUGCAGUACUUCUACUAUAGUACACAACAGUACACUGUUGACCGCAGUACUUCUACUAUAGUACACAAUAGUACACCGUUUACUGUAGUACUUCUACUAUAGUACACAACAGUACACUGUUGACUGCAGUACUUCUACUAUAGUACACAAUAGUACACCGUUUACUGUAGUACUUCCUGAAUACUACACAACAGUAACACCUGGUACUACAGCUCUUCCCCCCUGACAGUUUUUAGUGUGUAUUAGUACACAUUGUUGCGUCUCAACACUCUGUGACAGUUCAUGUUAGUCCUCCUGCUUGUCUGUAUGUUCUGUGCGUGUGCUAACGAGGCGUGGCCUGUGAUUGGUUGAUCAGGGAGAUGAGGUGGAACAAAGGAACCAUCCUGAAGGCGUCGGUGGAUUACAUCCGCAAACUGCAGAAAGAACAGCAUAGAGCGAGGGAGAUGGAGGAGAGACAGAGGAGGCUGGAGAACACCAACCAGACACUACUGCUGCGCAUCCAGGUGAGGAGGGGGCGGGGCUUCAGGCUUUCACUCUCAACCAAUCAGCUGGAGGUCGAAUUUAGACCUCUCUCUGUUAGACUUGGUAUUGUGAAUACCGUUGAGAUCUGGUAUUUGUAGUUGUUACAGGAUUUUGUAGUCCUCAUGCUGAAGUUUUCGAAGUUUGAAUUUCUGACUCGACGUUUUUAGGAGUUGGAGCUUCAGGCUCGCCUCCACGCCCUCUCCUCCUCCUCCUCCUCUUCACCUGCUCCAAACUCCACAUCCCCUUCUUUGGACCCCCAGGCCCUGCUCUCCCCCCAGCUGUCUCACCCCUUCUCCUCAUCCUCCCCCUCCUCCCCCCUGGUGACCCCCUCCCUGGGUCUGGACGCGCUGAGCUUCGUGGAGCUGGACGAGCCUCAGGCAGCGUCCGGCGUCUUCUCCCCGGAUCUGAUGAGCGAGGUGGAGCUGACGGAGCUGCACGGCCUCGGGGACAUCCUGAUGGAGGAGGGGGGAGGAGGAGGAGAAGGAGGAGUGAUGUCAGACCCCCUGCUGUCUUGUGGAGCAUCAAAGACCAGCAGCAGGAGGAGCAGCUUCAGCAUGGACGAGGACCUCUGA